AAAAAUAAAUUACCCGACAGACUCCUAGAACUAACGGUAUACUUUUUUGUUUUAAGCAGAAUUAAGGAAAAUUAUGAUUUUCGUUUGUGUGUAGAUGUCUAGAUGCUUAUACUCCACUAACUCGAAUUUAGAGCUAGGCUUAGAACUAUAUACUAUACAAAAGGAACGAGUAUUCUUUGAAUUUUGUUGUUAAGAGGUUCCCUUUGGCCCCUCUUGGGGCACGGUGGUGGCACGAUAGUAUCAUGAUGCCUUAGCUUAAACUGUCCCCAUCAACAGCCGUAGGUAACUUUGUUAUUAUCCAAUGGCCUUGCUAGAACAGGUAACAUGGCUAUUUAGAAAACUGCACCCAUCUACUAUGGGUAUGACGGUCACCACUAAUGCCGUCGUCAUCACUAAGGAUCAGAGCAACUUGAUUGGCAUCAGCAUUGGCGGUGGAGCACCCAUGUGUCCCUGUCUAUAUAUUGUACAGAUUUUCGAUGGGACGCCCGCCGCACGUGAGGGAUCCCUCCAGUCGGGUGACGAGCUGCUGGCCGUGAAUUCUGUCAGUGUGAAGGGCAAGACGAAAGUGGAGGUGGCCAAGAUGAUACAAACGGCCACCGAUGAGGUGAUCGUACACUAUAACAAACUCCACGCGGAUCCGGAACAGGGUAAAACUCUGGACAUCAUUCUCAAAAAACUGAAGCAUCGGAUCGUGGACAACAUGUCGAGCAAUACGGCGGAUACUUUGGGACUGUCACGUGCCAUAUUGUGCAACGAUUCGCUGGUCAAGCGACUGGAGGAGCUGGAGGGCACCGAACUGAUGUACAAGGGACUGGUCGAGCAUGCCCGCCGUAUGCUGAAGGCCUACUAUGACCUGUUGCAGACGUACAAGUCGUUUGGCGACUGCUUCACUCAGAUCUCAGCGCACGAGCCGCAACAACGGGCGUCGGAGGCCUUUCGCACCUUUGGCGAGUUCCAUCGGACGCUGGAGAAGGACGGCUUGGGCAUUAUCAAACAGAUCAAGCCAGUCCUGGCUGAUCUUGGGACAUAUCUAAACAAGGCGAUACCGGAUACAAAGCUUACGGUGCGUCGCUAUGCGGAUGCCAAAUUCACAUACCUCUCCUACUGCCUGAAGGUCAAAGAGAUGGACGAUGAGGAGCAUGGCUUCGCCUCGCUCCAGGAGCCGCUCUACCGCGUCGAGACAGGCAACUAUGAGUACCGUCUGAUCCUGCGCUGUCGCAUGGACGCGCGCAGUAAGUUUGCCAAAUUGCGCACAGAUGUUCUCGAGAAAAUGGAGUUGCUAGAGUGCAAGCAUGCCAUGGAUCUGAACAAACAGCUGCGAAGCCUUCUCGAGAGUCUGGCUGAGCUGCAUCGAAGCCUGGUGGAGCGCCUGGAAUCUCUGCCGCCGCUCUUCCCCAUCGAGGUGGAUUUCAAGGAAACCGACUUUCAGUACAAGUCCAGCACUCUGAAGCCCCAAGAGCUGGAUGAUGAUGAGAUCGAAGCCAAUGCCAAUCCCAAUGCGCGUCCUCCCAAUAUUGAUUGUGGCCUCGAGGCUGUCGAGCAGCCGGCGGCCAUCAUUAAUGUGGAAAUCAAGGAAUCCGCGGAGUCCACUGCUGCGCCAGAAUCAAAUAGCACGGAAAAUGAAACGCUGCUUAAGGAACUGGGUCUCUACGAUGUGGACCUGCUGUCCAAUCCGCAAACCAUUAGCAACCAAAAAGAUUCCAUUUCGGCCCAAAACGAUGGCUACGACUUUGAUCUGUUUCUGAAUCAGGCCAAUGCAGCCUCCACCAGUCUGGAGCGCGAUUUGAUGUCAUCGAAUGCCGAAGAGAUGGAUCUGCUGUUGCAAUAAGAUCUGUGUAUAGUACAAUUGUGUGUUUAAUAAAUGUGUUUACAAAAAAGCCCCAGCUCAAAUUUGUAUGCAGCUGAUAGUCGCCAAGUGUCUCAUAUCUGGGAAAAACUGCAAAUAAUUUGUCAAGAUCGGGAGCGAUCAUAAAAUAUAAAUUAUUAAAAUUCAUAAAAUAUGUUUUAAUAGUUAUCACAGAAUUACUUAAUUGUAAUCAACAUAUUUAAUAUAUUUUUUUGCAAGGUUUAAAUCAAAUCCAAUAUAUUGGCAAUAAGAAAACUUACAUAAAUACGCAUUCAAUGGAAUUGCUAGGGCAUAUAAAAUUCGGUGCGCUGAUGAAUGACGAUUUUAUACAAAACAUUGAUAAUUUAUAGCGUAAUACCACUAACCAUACAGUAGAUGUGCCAGCUCAUACACCGAACAUGGCGCAAACGAACUUUCUGGAUUAGAUCCCACGGUUUUCAGCUCUGGCGUACGUCUACUGCCGCGUCAACACAAGCAGUCAGCCCAGCCAUUACCGACAUCGCCUUCCCUAUUGAAUCAUGCUUUACCUCAUCGGCUCUGACCGGCCGCAAACACCUAAGCCUCCUUUUACCCCGCCAGGUCGGCCUGUCCGGUGGACAGAAAUACCUUUGGUCUUAUGAGCGAGUUCAUAUGAGCGAGUGUGCACUCGAUGACGGCUACUGACUCGGGACACGAUUCCUGUCGCGAUUGGCUGGGCGACCUUUGAGUCCGGCCACUGCCAUGGUCCUCUGCCUUGCGUCCCACGCUGUUUUCUCCGCGGGUGAUUCCGCCGUAGCUCCUCGUCCUGUCUGGAAGUCCAAGGGAUGUGCUCCUGGCUGGACCGUGGCAAACACCGGCUGUCCUGCUGAGUCGAGCGUCCCGUCCACUGCAGCAGAGACCAGUGAUCGACGGCGGAAUUGUUGGUUCACGCCCACGGGAAAUAAUGUCAACCAUCCCGACAUUGAUACGCCGCCGACUCAAGCACUGGGCUUCAGCUUCGCGACGUAUGACUUAUGUACUCUACGCUUUGGCAGAAACCGAGUCGUAUCCGAUUUCCCACCGCCAGACGGAGCCCUGUCCAGCAUUAUCGUGGCCUAUUCGACACAGACAGAGUCCGAUCCCAGCCAGACAGAAUCGUACCCCAGCAGGAUAGAAGCGCACCUCUUGCAAGAUCCGACAAGAUCAAGUCAUCGUCAUCCUUGGAAAUGGCCAUCAAGGACUUUGACAGUGGCAACUAAGGAAGCGGCUACGCGGGCUACUAGAUUCUAGAUAGAUCUUAUCGUUGUUAGGUUUAAGGAUAUACAAAGCUAUACAUUUAUAUAGUAGAUAUUGAAGCUGUGCACUUGUUUAUUUAUU